AUGGGCUUAUCUGUUGCCCUGCCGGCCCUGCUGCUGGUUCUGGGCUUUACCACUAAUGUAUGGAGUCUGAACCCGGAUGACCCUAAUGUCUGCAGCCACUGGGAGAGCUACGCUGUGACCGUCCAGGAGUCCUACGCUCACCCAUUUGACCAGAUCUACUACACCAGAUGCACAGACAUCCUCAACUGGUUUAAAUGCACAAGGCACAGGAUCAGCUAUAAGACGGCUUACCGACGGGGAGUAAGGACCAUGUAUAGGCGCCGCUCGCAGUGUUGCCCUGGUUACUUUGAGAGCGGAGACUUGUGUGUUCCUCUGUGUACAGAGGAGUGUGUCCAUGGUCGCUGUGUAUCUCCUGAUACCUGCCAGUGUGAGCCUGGAUGGGGCGGACUGGACUGCUCUAGUGGCUGUGAGAGUGACUACUGGGGACCUCAUUGCAGUAAUCCGUGCCAGUGCCAAAAUGGGGCUAAGUGUAACCCCAUCACAGGUGCCUGUGUCUGCACUGAUGGGUACCAGGGAUGGCGAUGUGAGGAGUUCUGUGAGUACGGUUACUACGGCAAGGCAUGCCAACUACGCUGCCAUUGUUUCAAUGGUGCCACCUGCAACCACGAGACAGGGGACUGCAUCUGUGCAGCGGGGUACUCAGGAGUUUCCUGUGAAGAGAGCUGCCCCUUCGCUAGUCACGGGGCUCAGUGUGAGCAGAGCUGCCCCUGUCAGAAUAGAGGAACGUGCCACCACAUCACUGGAGACUGUUCCUGCCCCACCGGGUGGACGGGUCCAGUUUGUGCCCUGCCGUGCCCUCUUGGAAAGUACGGCAUGAACUGCAGCAAGGACUGCUCCUGUCGUAAUGGAGGACUGUGCGACCACGUCACGGGGCAGUGCCAGUGCGCAGCUGGCUUCAGUGGACGCAGGUGUCAGGAUGACUGUCCUGUGGGCACCUUUGGUCCGCAGUGCAAUCAGAGGUGUGAGUGUCAAAAUGGAGCCAAGUGUCACCAUAUCAAUGGAGCCUGUCUGUGUGAAACAGGGUUUAAAGGCCCUAAUUGCCAAGAGAGAUUCUGUCCCCCGGGCCUCUACGGGCUCAUCUGUGACAAGUACUGCCCCUGUAAUACCACCAACACCGUGAGCUGCCACCCGCUUUCUGGUGAAUGUACCUGCUCUGCGGGAUGGACAGGGCUUUACUGUAAUGAGACCUGCACUCCUGGAUACUACGGAGAGGGAUGCAUGCUGCCCUGUAGCUGCACCAACGGAGCUGACUGCCAUCCUGUCAAAGGCACCUGUAUUUGUGCCCCUGGGUUCAUGGGUGAGGACUGUGCUACAAUGUGUCCUCCUGGUCUAUAUGGACCAAGCUGCAUGUCCACCUGCUCCUGCCACAAUCACGCAUCCUGCUCUCCCGUCGACGGCUACUGUAUCUGCAGGGAAGGCUGGCAGGGUGUGGACUGCUCCAUCCUCUGUUCCAGCGGUACGUGGGGUCUGGGCUGUAAUCAGACAUGCUUAUGUGCCAAUGGAGCUGCGUGUGACCCUGUAGAUGGCACUUGUACAUGUUCACCUGGAUGGAGGGGAGAGCACUGUGGCGAGUCCUGCACUGAUGGCACCUACGGGUUGGAGUGUCGUGAGCGCUGUGACUGUAGCCAUGCUGAUGGCUGUGAUCCAGUGAGUGGCUACUGCCGCUGCUACCCCGGCUGGACAGGAAUCCACUGCGAUAAUGUGUGCCCACAAGGCUUCUGGGGACCCAACUGUUCAGUCAGCUGUUCCUGUCAGAACGGAGGAUCCUGCUCUCCAGAGGACGGUGCAUGUGUGUGCGCACCUGGAUACAGGGGGACGUCUUGCAAAAGAAUCUGCUCUCCGGGGUUCUACGGACAUCGCUGCAGUCAGUCGUGUCCGCAGUGUGUGCACAGCACCGGGCCGUGCCAUCAUGUCACGGGCCACUGUGAGUGCCUGUCUGGCUUCUCCGGUUCACUGUGCAACCAAGUCUGUGCGAGCGGCAGGUACGGGAGGGCCUGCGCUGAGAUCUGCCUCUGUACCAAUAACGGCACCUGCAACCCCAUCGAUGGCUCCUGCCAGUGCUUCCCUGGUUGGAUAGGAGAGGAUUGCUCUCAGGCCUGUGUCUCUGGGCACUGGGGCCCUGAUUGUCUCAACUCGUGUAACUGUCACAACGGAGCCCAGUGCAGUGCCUACGAUGGGGAGUGCAGGUGCAGCCCCGGCUGGACCGGACUCUACUGCACACAGCGCUGUCCUUCAGGGUUCUACGGCAGGGACUGCUCUGAAGUCUGUCGCUGCCAAAACGGCGCAGAUUGUGACCACAUGACUGGACUGUGUGCUUGCCGAACAGGCUUCAUUGGGACGAGCUGUGAGCAGAAGUGUCCUGCUGGUACAUUUGGAUAUGGUUGCCAGCAGCUGUGUGAGUGCCUCAACAAUGCUACCUGUGACUAUGUGACUGGAACAUGCUACUGCAGCCCUGGAUAUAAAGGCAUUCGUUGUGAUCAAGCAGCUCUGAUGAUGGAGGAGCUGAACCCGUACACCAAGAUUAGCCCAGCACGAGGCUCGGAGCGCCAGUCUGCCGGCGCCGUCAUGGGCAUCAUCUUCCUGCUCCUCAUAAUCAUGUCCAUGCUUAGCCUGUUUGUGUGGUACAGACAGAGACAAAGGGACAAAGGCCAUGAGAUCCAGCCCAGUGUGUCCUACACACAAGCAAUGCACAUCACCAACACAGACUAUUCCCUGUCUGAGUGUGGCAGUACUGUAGCGAUGAGGACCAGCGCUGCUGAGGUCAAUCAGAGCCAGGGCAGCAGCAGCGGCAGCAGUGGCCAGUGCUUCUCCAACCCCAGUUACCACACUGUGGCCCAGUGUAAUGUUGUCUCAACCAUCUCCAGCAACCUGGAUGGCACUCUGACCCUCAAAUCAAGCACUUUGAAAAGUCGAAAUGGCUCAGAAUGGAGAGCCUACUGCAACCUCAAUGACCUUGAUGUUCAACAGGGGGAGACACAGACACAGAGGGGCUCCAAAAAAGAUUACAUCAAGAGCUCCGUGUGCAGCAACAGCUCCUGCUCCCUGAAUAGUGAGAAUCCAUACGCCACCAUUAGAGACCCACCAGGGCUGGCUUGCAAGCACACAGAGAGCAGCUAUGUGGAGAUGAAGUCCCCCUCCCACCGUGAAGUGCCCUUUGGCGGCACUGCCACCCUCCUGGGCAGUGCGAGCAGGAAUGUCUAUGAUGUUGAGCCAACAGUGAGUGUCCUGCAGGGACCCAAUGGAAUGGCCACCGGCUUCUCCCAGAGCCCCUAUGACCUCCCCCGCAGCAGCCACAUCCCCAGCCACUAUGACAUACUUCCCAUGCGUCACAGCCCCACACAUACACCCCCGCCACCCCCAGAAAGCCCCAGUUCCCUGCUGUAGAGGGCACACCAUCCGCGCGGCUCACGGGAGCUGGCAUCCAGGCAACGUUCAGCCAACUUUCAACCAACGGCCCUCCCUCUGUCUCCGAGUGUGUUCAAUUAGAUACUGAGAUGUUGAGAUGGAGGGACAGCCACAGCUCUUCUGGACCAUGCUCUCUUUGGCUCCCUCACUUACCCUCUUUCUGUGACCCUGAAGGAGGAGGGGAGGAAAGAAUGUCCCACACACCAGCAUUCAACCAUUUUAUUUUCUUAUAGAACUGAUCACUCAAACUGCUGCCCGGCUUCUUUAUGGACCUCCUGAAGUGGAACAUAAUGGUUCCAAACAGCGCUAAGGGCAGCGUACAUGGAUUGGGCGGAUAGAUUAUUUACAGGGAGAGAGCUAUCCUCACUCUCAUUUUCAGCCCAUGAUGUAGGGUUACUAUUCAAGGGCAGCCAAGUGUUUUUAAAGCCCCCUAAACAACAGCGAUUUUCUCCACAGGAAGGAAGGUAUAGUAACCUUGACCAUUUCAAAGCAGGUGAAGAUUUACUACAAUACAGACAUCAGAGUUUAUGAAGUGUCACUGUGUGCAGAAGCUGCAGAUCACAAUACAGCUGACAUGAAGAGAGGGGUUAGAAAAGUUCAGUCAAAUCAGUAGAGAACUCUCUGUUCUUAAUGUGAAACACAGAAAUCCGGCAGAGAGUGGGCCAAAACUGAUUAAGCAUGAAUAAAUAUUAAAAUAUUGUAAUGGUUCUGUAUUCACAAAGGUGAUCCCUGUCUGUAACUCAAGAGUUUAUUUUAAAUUGCAGUGUAGAUUAAGACCCGGCAUAUCUGGAGAUAUGAUCAGGUCAUCAGUGUUUAAAGGUUCAAUGUGUAAGAUAUGCCAGAAUGUAAACUUAAAACAAAAACAAUUAACUAACAUUAUCAACAGAAUGUGAAGAGCUAACAGUGUUG